CCUAACCCUGUUGUUCAGAAGAAUCUGCGUCUUUCUUCCACGUCUUACGGUACUUUUCAUGUCAUCACUUCCGUAAAACGAGGGCUUGCGAUGUUUAUGUCUUCGUAUGGCACCAAUUAACUGUUGCUAGCUUAAAAUCUGGCUUCAUAAACACCACAAACAGAGCAAAUGGAAAGAGAUGCAGCGUGUGAGCGCUCAGCGGGCCUAACUAACUGUCUGCUAGCGCCAGCAGGAGACCCGCGGAACCCCGACGCUUCCUCCGCCCUCCGGGUUGUUUAAAGUUUAGACUGAUCUUUCGGGGACUGGCUGGUUCAUCAUGUUGAACGGCGUGGCUCUGCGCUCCCAGAUCGCCUCCGUGGUUGAUGCCCUGGCCAAAGCAGCUGUGGCGGAGAUCUUCAAAGUUGUGGAGGACGGCAUGGUGGUGCUGCGGCUGGAGAUGUGCCAGCGGGAGGAUGAGAUCGAGAGGCUGAAGAGCAGCGUGGAGGUCCUGCACGGGGAGCUGCGGGCGGCGCGGCAGGCGGAGACCCACCGGCUGGAGACCCACCGGCUGGAGCACCGCGGAGGAGACGAAAGUCAGAGGGGUGUUGGAGAUGAGAAGAUCUUGGUUGAGAAGGUUCCCUCUGUUGAAAACCACAGCAUGUCAUCUGUACCUGAAGCACAAAAUAAAGGUGAACUUGUGAAGGAGGGAAACGAGGACAGCAGAGGACGGCUGGACAGGCCAGUUGAAGGGUCUCUGUAUGGAGGCGGGCAGUGGAGGUCAGGGGUGCCGAAGGAGGCUGGAGGCAGCAGCUCUGAUUACUUAACUCUGGGUCAAAACUCCUUGUCGUGUCUCUCCGAGCCGUCGUUGGAUGGCGGGCUCGUUCUGUCCUGCGGCAGCUCCGGUGGGUUUCCACAGAGCCCCUUCAGCCGCGGCCUGCUGGGAUACAACCAGUACAGGAACACGGUGCGCAGGCGGACGGCGAAGAGGCUGAUGUUCAAGAAAGGUUUCAUCUGUCCGUACUGCGGCAAGUGCUUCGAGCGAGCCGGACACCUGGAGAGACACAAGAGGAUUCACACGGGCGAGAAACCGUACCGCUGCGAGAUCUGCGGCCGGCGGUUCAACCAGAAGUGCAGCCUUAAGGAGCACAUGAAGAUUCACAGGAGAGGUCUUCAGACGAGACCAGGAGAAGUCCAGAUGAGCCAACAAAUCCCAGUCCCACAGGUGAAUCCAUGUGUGGAACAGCAUCGGCCUGAAGAGGUCAGCCAGGUGAAGGCCGUUGAUAACCAAACAAAGUCUGAAGAAGUUCUGCCAUCAUCCGUUCAGGUAAAAUCUGAGCCGGUCGAGGAAAAUAUUACACAACCGCAGCUGCAUGUGGAAAACAAUCAGGCAACAAACAGAGCUGACAACAUGGGUGAAAACGUGGAUCCAGGCAGCCAACUGUGGGCAUCCAGGUUACAGAACAAUCCGACUGAGUUUCUAAACAGCUCGUCGCAGAACAUGUCUUCCUUCCCUGCCAUUACUCAGUUACUCCAGCCAGCAGAGGAAACUUCUUAUAGCAACUUCUCUGUCCGAGGAAAAAUGUAUGGGCAGCUGAAAACCUCCACCGUCCCUCAGACGCCUUAUGGGUGUUCAGGGUCGGUCAUCAUCUCCAGUAACCCCGACUUGCAAGACGCGACAGAGGCCUCGAACCACCUCAGAGAGAGGAAAAACCGGCCGUUUCGAGUUCUGAAACCAAAGAAAUGCUUUGUCUGCACCUACUGCGGGAAAGUGUUUGAGCGAGCCGGACACCUGGAGAGACACCUGCGGAUUCAUACCGGGGAGAAACCGUACGGCUGCCAUAUCUGCGGGAGGUGCUUCAACCAGAAGAGCAGCCUUAAAGGUCACAUGAAGACUCACAGAAACGGGACGACAACAGACUUGCUGGAGGCCCAUCACCUGAUGUUCUCGGUGUCCGACAACCAGCUGAUGGAGAGUUACAUGGAAACCAGUAACGGAGCAACAGCUGCGGACGAGCCGUUUCCCGCCCCGGCGUACGCUCACUCCAUUAAAGAGGAGCCGCUGGCGGUGAAGCUGGAGCCCAGCGACGAGAACUUCCUCUCCGUGUCUCAGGUGGGGACGGACAACAGAGCAGCAGCAGCCGACAAAAGUUUGCUGUGGACGUCUGCAGUGGAGGAAAGCAUCGACAGCCCAGAUCAACCAGUCUGUGUCCUUUUACAAGAUGUGAAGUACCACCUCGGUUCUCCAGCAGGGGGAGCCAGUGAGCAGCAGGGCUUCACCUCAAAGGAUUUGGCUUUUAUAGACAACAAAGCGAAGGAGGAUCCGUUUUUAGCCGUGGGAUUGCAGCAAAGGACUUCAAAUCUAAGUCACAAUCCAGCUGGAAGGGAUUUCUGCUCGGAGAGCAGCGACGGCGUGAACCAAGACGGCGUCUAUGAGUUUACCCUGAGAGCGUCGGACAGCUUCGAGGAGAGCUGCAGCGCUGACCCCGCCAGACAGAACUACAUCUGCUCCAGCUGUGGGCAAAGCUUUGACAGUUUCCAUAUUUUCCAGGAGCAUCAGUGUGAGAAACUCCCAGAGCAGCCGUUAAGCUGCGAGAUGUGUGGAAAAACUUUCAACCAGCUGAGCAUCCUGAAGCUGCACCUUAAGCUACAUGCUAAAUAAAUGUGCCAGUUUUAUAUUCGGUACAUUUUCACUGUCUUUCACCAUUUUUAGCUUUUGUCUUUUUAGAAAAAAAAGACAAAACGUUAAUUUUACUUGUGUUAGCUACAUUUUUGUCACUUUAACUGUAUUUUUUGUUAGAAAGAAAAAUAAAAGAAAACAGAAUUAUUAAUACUUCCUGUUUACCAACAUCAUUUCUGUUUUUUGUCUGUUGGUAUCAUUAAGAAUAAAAACAUUUUAUUUACAAGAAACCUUCUGGAAAUGUAGAGCUUUGGUGAAACAAAAUCAGACUUGAAUCAUCUGCUUAUUUCUUGAGACCAUAUUCCUAAAAUAAUUAUGAAAAAAUUCAUAUUUCCUGAAAUAUGAGCCCAUUGCACAGCUGUGACAAAAGAAAGUACAUCUUCUCUCAACCUUGGAACCUAAUGUAAAAGGGCAUAAUAAAAAAUUUUAUUUUUUCAAAACAAACAUGAGAGUCGAGCGCUAGAGACAAAGACAAAAGAGAAAUCAUACAAACUCUAAAAUCUGAUGCUGCUACAUUUUUAUUUGCAUUUUCUAAAAAAGGAACUUGCGUUAAGUGUCUUCUUUGUUCACCUUCACCCUCCAUUACCAUUAUGUGAGUGUGUGCAUUUUUCUACACUUUUUUGUUUUGGCUUCAUCUUUGUUUAUUAAAUACUAACAAUACAGAAUAUGUGUUAUUAUUAGUUUAGGUUAUGUUUAAACUAUUUUAAUACAUGAAACUAACCGGAUUGUCCAGAUAUUUAAAACCUUGGGAGUGUGUAAUUUAAUUUACAAUGAAAUCAAAUCAGUGUUUGCAUUGUUGAAAACACAGUGAAGCCCAUUUCUGCUGAAUCAGGUUUUCCCAUAUUUUAACUGGUGUUGAAAUAAGUAUUAUAAACAUUAAAGGUAAAAAAAAAACGUUAUUCAAGUUACCUUCUGGUGAAAGUCUGUCCAACUCAGAAAAGCAGAUGAAACAGUUUGUCUUACUUUAUUCAGUAAAUGUGUACUAAGGCUGCUAAAUUCGUUUCAAUGGAAACAUCACGUAACCUGUAAUAACAGAAAAGUAAGAUUAUGUUUUAAGGCGUCAAUCAAUGUGAAAAUGAAGACUAAAUGCUGUUUCUUAACUGUGGAGAUAUUUUGUAUGCAAAUGGCAUGAAUACAGCAUUAUAUUUACACUUUGCACAUUUUAAUGUUUUCUCACCAGAAUUCUGACUUUAAUUUCAGAAUCAUGAGAUUAAUUCUGCCAGAAUUCUGUCAAAAAAAGUCCAAAUUUUGAGAUUGAACUUUGAUCAAACAAACAAAAUUUGGCCUGACUGAUAUGAAAAAUCUUUUUUUGUUAUGGUUUGUUAGUUAAAGUUGUUAUUUUCUGGUAAAAUAAAGGUACAUAACUUAUUUAAACAGCAACAGAUUCCAUAGUCUUUAGUGUUAUUAUCUCUUAUAACUGUAAUGCUUCCUCAUUUCUUAUCUUAUAUUUUGUAAACAUCUGUUCACAUCAGUUACUGUCUUUACAUGGCAGCGACAAUGAUAAUCAUUUGUGUUGGUUGAAUAUGUUGAGUAUACUUAUGGUAACUUCUGUGUCUUUUUGUAUUUUUUAAAUAAACAUCAGAUGA